GAGGAGGAAGAGAGAGAGAGGGAGGAGGGGGAGAGGAAAAGGCAGCCGGGCAGCGCCACUCAGCACUCACGAGUCACCACCACCUCCGCCAUGGCCAUCGAUGAUAUUGUCGUGCACACCGACGACCCCGAGGAGGAGGAGGAGGAGGAGGAAGAGGAAGACCUUGUUGACCCUUUUGAUGGCCUGAAGGAAGCCUGUGGGAACACAAGUCACUGUACUCCUCUGAGUGAGAAACUACAAACUUGCAAUGACAGAGUCAGCUCCCGAUCCAGCACUGAAGAGACCUGUACCGAGGAGCUCUUUGACUACCUCCACUGUGUGGACCACUGUCUUUCACAGAGCUUGUUCAAGAAGCUAAAGUGAUUCAUCCUUUUACCUCUUUGUAAACUCUAAGGUACAGUUCUUUGUUGAGGAAGGAGUUACUUGAUCACUAAAAUGUAUGGUUUGACAGUACUGAACACAAAGACCAAGAUUUUAGUGAUGCACUUCUUAAAGAUGUAGGAUGUAUAUAAACUUUUGGAGUAUUACUCCAUAAACAAAAAUAAAAACUUAAACAUGA